CACAGAAAGAGAGCAGAAAAAAAAACGCAAGUGAAAAGCAUUCAGAGCAGAGGAGGGAGGGAGAGCGGGGAGAAAACGCCCUGGAAACUUGGUUGAUAGAAAAAUAGGAAAAGAGUGAGAGAAUCAUUUUAGACUGCAAAGUUGUGACUGGGAGAAAAGCUCUUUUCCUGGGCUGGGGUACAGGGGGUGAGGACAACUUUCCAAGGAUGCUCAAGCUGGUGUGAGACUUCUUGGGCGCAACGACUGCGCAAAGAAAUCAAGAAUACGAGAACCAAAGCCUUUGAUUGAAGCCCCUUGGCCUUGCUUGAGCAAUCCGCAUAAAGCCAAGGCAUAACAUUCAUCACACCAGGGCACAAGAAGAGAAAAGCAAAAACACAAGAUGGCUGAGGAGGAGGAAACCAGGGAGGUGCUCUUUCCAGACUGGGAAGGCCCAGACAAAACUGGCCUGACAAUUGAGCAGACUGGUGAUGGAGAAAUCUUUGUCAAGGAGGUGAAAGGGGAGUCACCUGCGGCACGGUCUGGAAAAGUAUAUGAAGGUGACCAGAUUGUGGGAGCCACUAUCUACUUCGACAACAUGAGCUCAGAAGAAACAGCUGACCUACUGAAGACACUGAACCGCCACAAGGUUGGACUGAAACUACAAAACAAAGGGGACAAAUCCCCAUGCCGCUCGCCUUUGAGCACACCAUGUCGUUCACCUAUGGGCACACUGACAUGGGAAGAGAAGAGCCGGUUUGGAGGCUCCAGUCCAGACAUCAUUCUUAGUGGAGAUGAUGAGGACUAUAAAAGAAUAUACACAAAAAAGAUUAAACCAAGGCUGAAGUCUGAAGACCUUGCAGAGGGAGUGGACGUGCGCACUGAGCGGCACAGCAGCACAAGCAGCGAUGGCAGCACAAUUACCACCAUCACCCGCCGCAUCACUACCUACACUGUGGAUAUGCCAAGUGGCAUAACUGAACAGCUUGAACUUUCAAGUCCAGAGUUUAAGGGGUUAAGGCAUGAAUCUGGGGAUGGCUCCCCUCGUAUCAGAGUCUCAUAUGGAAGCUCCUCAGGUAAGGGGGGAGCUGAAGAGGGAGUUUUUGAGUUAGGUAAUGUCUCUUUCACUGGGCCACAAGUUAGCUCCACAGAAACACACUGGGGCAGCAGAGGGAUGAAGACCACAACAGUUACCAGAGAAAUGGAGGGAGAUGGUAGUGUAGGUCUCAGAUUCAAAGAACCUAACUUAAGAAUAUCAGAUUCUAGCAUCUCAAGGGGGAGAGGUGAGCAUGAAGAUGGAACCAUUCAGGGCUCAGGAACAAACAUAACAAUAAGAGACAGCAUGAAUACUGACAGUAAGCUUGUAACAAUAGGAGGUUUAGGAGGUGCAGAAAUGCCCUCAUCUGAUGGGAAAGUAGGGUCAAUCAGCAUGUCCGUACCAGGAAAAAACACACACAUUUUCUCUACAUCAGUGGGUAAGAGAGAAGGGGGUAAUAUAGACAUUGGUUUGGAUGAGAGGGGCAAAGUGAUUAGUCAAGUAUCAGGAAUUACCAUUAGUCACCAGCAGACAAAGGGAUCAGGUAAUACUGAUAUUCACAAUGUCAGACUUGGUGGAGGCUCCACAGAUACUGAUACUGAAUGGAGUAAAGGAAGGAUAUCAGCAGAAUUUAAAGCACCAACAUUAGACACUGAUACCUCAGAUCCUUCCUCAAAGGCAGAAAUCAAAAUACCAAAUGUGAGUGGGAAUGCAAAUGUUUCAGUUCCUGGAUUUAAACGUGACAUCAAAUCCCCUGAAAUUACAGGGCCAAAAAUUUCACUGUCAGGUGUAGAUGUCAACCUGAAAGGUCAAAAGCAGACUGCCGGGGUGGAGGUUAAACUGACUAAAACGGACACUGACAUGAAUGUACCUAAAGUAAACAUAACAGGCCAAGAAAUUGAUAUUAAAGGGCCAGAUGGUCAAAUCAAAGGCCCACAGACUUACAGUAAGUCACCUAAUGCAGUUUGCAACAUUGAGGGAGAUAUAAAAACACCUAAACUGGAAAUUGAAGGAACAGAUGUUGACAGUGGAUUCCAAAUGUCGAAAAUCAAACUGCCAUUUGGAUUUAGGGGUCCAAAAGUGGAAGGUGCAGAUGUUGACAUUAACCUACCUAAAGCUGACAUUCAUAUCAAAUCACCUGAAGUGGACACUGAAGGUCUUGAUGGCAAAAUCAAAGGACCUAAAAUGAAGAUGACAUCCAUCUCAGGACCCAAAAUUUCCAGUCCAGACAUGGACAUCCAUCUGAAAGGGCCCAAACUCAAGGAAAAUGUUGAUGUGUCUGUUCAAAAGUUUGAAGGAGACAUGAAACCAACAAAUGUCAACCUUGAGGGACCAGAUGUUAAAAAUGCCAGUGCAGACAGUAGACUCAAAAUGCCCAAAAUUGAAAUGCCAUCUUUUGAACUCAAAGGUCCUAAAGUGGAGGGUCCAGAUGUGGAUGUCAACCUACCAAAAGCAGACACUGAUAUCAAAGCACCGGAAGCUGACAUCAAGGGACCAGAACUUGAUAUAAGUCCAGGUGGUAAGAUUAAAGCACCAAAAUUCAAUAUGGCAUCCAUAUCAGGGCCUAAAAUGUCAAUGCCCAAUGUGGAUUUAAAUGUUAAAGGGCCUAAAAUCAAGGGAGAUGUGGAAGUAUCAGUGCCAAAGAUAGAAGGAGACAUUAAAGCUCCCAAAGUGGACAUUGAAGGGCCUGAUGUUGACAUCGAGGGACCUGAAGGUGGAUUCAAAAUGCCAAAAAUCAAAAUACCUUCCUUUGGCAUCAAAGGUCCUAAAGUGGAGGGUCAAGAUAUGGAUGUCAACCUACCAAAAGCAGACAUUAAUAUUAAAGCACCUGGAGUUGAUAUCAAAGGACCUGAUGUUGACCUUGAGGGCCAGGAAGGGAAAAUCAAAGGUCCAAAAUUCAAGAUGCCAUCCAUAUCAGGGCAAAUUUCAAUGCCAGAUAUGGAUAUGAACAUAAAAGGGCCCAAACUCAAAGGAGAUGUGGAUGUGUCAGUGCCAAAGAUUGAGGGAGACAUUAAAGCGCCUAAAGUGGAUAUUGAAGGGCCUGAUGUUGACAUCAAGGGACCUGAAGGUGGAUUCAAAAUGCCCAAAAUCAAAAUGCCAUCCUUUGGCAUCAAAGGUCCUAAAUUGGAGGGUCCAGAUGUGGAUGUAAACCUACCAAAAGCAGACAUUAAUAUUAAAGCACCUGAAGUGGACAUCAAAGGACCUGAGGUUGACCUAGAUGGCCUUGAAGGGAAAAUCAAAGGUCCAAAACUCAAGAUGCCAUCUAUAUCAAAGCCAAAAAUUUCAACGCCUGACGUAGACUUCAACCUUAAAGGACCUAAACUCAAGGGAGAUGUAGAUGUGUCAGUGCCAAAGAUAGAAGGAGACAUUAAAGCUCCCAAAGUGGACAUUGAAGGGCCUGAUGUUGACAUUGAGGGACCUGAAGGUGGAUUCAAAAUGCCAAAAAUCAAAAUGCCAUCAUUUGGAAUUAAAGGUCCUAAGGUGGAGGGUCCAGAUGUGGAUGUCAACCUACCAAAAACAGACAUUAAUAUUAAAGCACCUGAAGUUGAUUUCAAAGGACCUAAUGUUGACCUUGAGGGCCCUGAAAGGAAAAUCAAAGGGCCAAAAUUCAAGAUGCCAUCCAUAUCAGGGCCAAAAAUUUCAAUGCCAGAUAUGGAUAUAAACCUAAAAGGGCCCAAACUCAAAGGAGAUGUAGAUGUGUCAGUGCCAAAGAUUGAGGGAGAUAUUAAAGCACCUAAAGUGGAAAUUGAAGGGCCUGAUGUUGACAUCAAGGGACCUGAAGGUGGAUUCAAAAUGCCCACAAUUAAAAUGCCAUCCUUUGGCAGCAAAGGUCCUAAAGUGGAGGGUCCAGAUGUGGAUGUCAGUCUACCAAAAGCAGACAUUAGCAUUAAAGCACCUGGAGUUGAUAUCAAAGGACCUGAUGUUGACCUUGAGGGUCCUGAAGGGAAAAUCAAAGGGCCAAAAUUCAAGAUGCCAUCAAUAUCAACACCAAAAAUUUCAAUGCCUGAUGUAGACCUAAACCUUAAAGGACCUAAAAUCAAGGGAGAUGUGGAUGUGCCAGUGCCGAAGAUUGAGGGAGACAUUAAAGGACCUAAAGUGGACAUUGAAGGGCCUGAUGUUGACAUUGAGGGACCUGAAGGUGGAUUCAAAAUGCCAAAAAUCAAAAUACUCUUUGGCAUCAAAGGUCCUAAAUUGGAGGGUCCAAAUGUCGAUGUCAACCUACCGAAAGCUGACAUUAAUAUUAAAGCACCUGAAGUUGACAUCAAAGGACCUGAGGUUGACCUUGAGGGCCCUGAAGGGAAAAUCAAAGGUCCAAAAUUCAAGAUGCCAUCCAUAUCAGGGCCAAAAAUUUCAAUGCCUGAUGUGGAUUUCAACCUUAAAGGACCUAAAGUCAAGGGCGAUGUGGAUGUGUCAGUGCCAAAGAUAGAAGGAGAUAUUAAAGCUCCCAAAGUAGACAUUGAAGGGCCUGAUGUUGACAUUGAGGGACCUGAAGGUGGAUUCAAAAUGCCAAAAAUCAAAAUACCAUCCUUUGGCAUCAAAGGUCCUAAAUUGGAGGGUCCAGACGUGGAUGUUAACCUACCGAAAGCUGACAUCAAUAUUAAAGCACCUGAAGUUGAUAUCAAAGGACCUAAUGUUGACCUUGAGGGCCCUGAAGGGAAAAUCAAAGGUCCAAAAUUCAAGAUGCCAUCCAUAUCAGGACCAAAAAUUUCAAUGCCAGAUAUGGAUAUAAACCUAAAAGGUUCAAAACUCAAAGGAGGUAUGGAUGUGUCAGUGCCAAAGAUUGAGGGAGACAUUAAAGCACCUAAAGUGGACAUUGAGGGGCCUGAUGUUGACAUUGAGGGACCUGAAGGUGGAUUCAAAAUGCCAAAAAUCAAAAUGCCAUCCUUUGGCAUCAAAAGUCCCAAAUUGGAGGGUCCAGAUGUGGAUGUCAACCUACCGAAAGCUGACAUUAACAUCAAAGCACCUGAAGUGGACAUCAAAGGACCUGAGGUUGACCUUGAGGGCCCUGAAGGGAAAAUCAAAGGGCCAAAAUUCAAGAUGCCAUCCAUAUCAGGGCCAAAAAUUUCAAUGCCCGAUGUUGAUUUCAACCUUAAAGGACCUAAAGUCAAGGGAGAUAUGGAUGUGUCAGUGCCAAAGAUAGAAGGAGAUAUUAAAGCUCCCAAAGUGGACAUUGAAGGGCCUGAUGUUGACAUCGAGGGACCUGAAGGUGGAUUCAAAAUGCCAAAAAUCAAAAUACCAUCUUGCAUCAAAGGUCCUAAAUUGGAGGGUCCAGAUGUCGAUGUCAACCUACCGAAAGCUGACAUUAAUAUUAAAGCACCUGAGGUGGACAUCAAAGGACCAGAAAUUGGCCUUGAGGGCCCUGAAGGGAAAAUCAAAGGUCCAAAAUUCAAGAUGCCAUCCAUAUCAGGGCCAAAAAUUUCAAUGCCCAAUGUUGAUUUCAACCUUAAAGGACCUAAAGUCAAGGGAGAUGUGGAUGUGUCAGUGCCAAAGAUAGAAGGAGAUAUUAAAGCUCCCAAAGUGGACAUUGAAGGGCCUGAUGUUGACAUCGAGGGACCUGAAGGUGGAUUCAAAAUGCCAAAAAUCAAAAUACCAUCCUUUGGCAUCAAAGGGCCAAAAAUAUCAAUGCCUGAUGUGGAUUUCAACCUUAAAGGACCUAAAGUCAAGGGAGAUGUGGAUGUGUCAGUGCCAAAGAUUGAAGGAGACAUUAAAGCUCCCAAAGUGGACAUUGAGGGGCCUGAUGUUGACAUCGAGGGACCUGAAGGUGGAUUCAAAAUGCCAAAAAUCAAAAUUCCAUCCUUUGGCAUCAAAGGUCCUAAAUUGGAGGGUCCAGAUGUGGAUGUCAACCUACCGAAAGCUGACAUUAAUAUCAAAGCACCUGAUGUUGACAUCAAAGGACCUGAGGUUGACCUUGAGGGCCCUGAAGGGAAAAUCAAAGGUCCAAAAUUCAAGAUGCCAUCCAUAUCAGGGCCAAAAAUUUCAAUGCCCGAUGUUGAUUUCAACCUUAAAGGACCUAAAGUCAAGGGAGAUAUGGAUGUGUCAGUGCCAAAGAUAGAAGGAGAUAUCAAAGCUCCCAAACUGGAUAUUGAAGGGCCUGAUGUUGACAUCAAAGGACCUGAAGGUGGAAUCAAAAUGCCAAAAAUCAAAAUACCAUCCUUUGGCAUCAAAGGUCCUAAAGUGGAGGGUCCAGAUGUGGAUGUCAACCUACCGAAAGCUGACAUUAAUAUCAAAGCACCUGAUGUGGACAUCAGAGGACCAGAGGUUGACCUUGAGGGCCCUGAAGGGAAAAUCAAAGGUCCAAAAUUCAAGAUGCCAUCCAUAUCAGGACCAAAAAUUUCAAUGCCCAAUGUGGAUUUCAACCUCAAAGGACCUAAAGUCAAGGGAGAUGUGGAUGUGUCAAUGCCAAAGAUAGAAGGAGAUAUUAAAGCUCCCAAAAUGGACAUUGAAGGGCCUGAUGUUGACAUCGAGGGACCUGAAGGUGGAUUCAAAAUGCCAAAAAUCAAAAUACCUUCCUUUGGACUCAAAGGUCCAAAAGUGCAGGGUCCAGAUGUCAAUGUCAAUCUUCCCAAAGCUGAUAUUGAUAUCAAAGCACCUGAAGUGGACAUCAAAGGACCUGAGGUUGACAUCGAGGGCCCUGAAGGGAAAAUCAAAGGGCCAAAAUUCAAGAUGCCAUCCAUAUCAGGGCCAAAAAUAUCAAUGCCUGAUGUGGAUUUCAACCUUAAAGGACCUAAAGUCAAGGGAGAUGUGGAUGUGUCAGUGCCAAAGAUUGAAGGAGACAUUAAAGCUCCCAAAGUGGACAUUGAGGGGCCUGAUGUUGACAUCGAGGGACCUGAAGGUGGAUUCAAAAUGCCAAAAAUCAAAAUACCAUCCUUUGGCAUCAAAGGGCCAAAAAUUUCAAUGCCCGAUGUUGAUUUCAACCUUAAAGGACCUAAAGUCAAGGGAGAUGUGGAUGUGUCAGUGCCAAAGAUAGAAGGAGAUAUUAAAGCUCCCAAAGUGGACAUUGAAGGGCCUGAUGUUGACAUCGAGGGACCUGAAGGUGGAUUCAAAAUGCCAAUCAAAAUACCAUCCUUUGGCAUCAAAGGUCCUAAAGUGGAGGGUCCAGAUGUGGAUGUCAACCUACCGAAAGCUGACAUUAAUAUCAAAGCACCUGAAGUGGACAUCAGAGGACCAGAGGUUGACCUUGAGGGCCCUGAAGGGAAAAUCAAAGGUCCAAAAUUCAAGAUGCCAUCCAUAUCAGGACCAAAAAUUUCAAUGCCCAAUGUGGAUUUCAACCUUAAAGGACCUAAAGUCAAGGGAGAUGUGGAUGUGUCAGUGCCAAAGAUAGAAGGAGAUAUUAAAGCUCCCAAAGUGGACAUUGAAGGGCCUGAUGUUGACAUCGAGGGACCUGAAGGUGGAUUCAAAAUGCCAAAAAUCAAAAUACCUUCCUUUGGACUCAAAGGUCCAAAAGUGCAGGGUCCAGAUGUCAAUGUCAAUCUUCCCAAAGCUGAUAUUGAUAUCAAAACACCUGAAGUGGAUAUCAAAGGACCUGAUGUUGACCUUGAGGGCCCUGAAGGGAAAAUCAAAGGUCCAAAAUUCAAGAUGCCAUCCAUAUCAGGACCAAAAAUAUCAAUGCCUGAUGUGGAUUUCAACCUUAAAGGACCUAAAGUCAAGGGAGAUGUGGAUGUGUCAGUGCCAAAGAUUGAGGGAGACAUUAAAGCUCCCAAAGUGGACAUUGAGGGGCCUGAUGUUGACAUCGAGGGACCUGAAGGUGGAUUCAAAAUGCCAAAAAUCAAAAUUCCAUCCUUUGGCAUCAAAGGUCCUAAAUUGGAGGGUCCAGAUGUGGAUGUCAACCUACCGAAAGCUGACAUUAAUAUCAAAGCACCUGAUGUUGACAUCAAAGGACCAGAGGUUGACCUUGAGGGCCCUGAAGGGAAAAUCAAAGGGCCAAAAUUCAAGAUGCCAUCCAUAUCAGGGCCAAAAAUAUCAAUGCCCAAUGUGGAUUUCAACCUUAAAGGACCUAAAGUCAAGGGAGAUGUGGAUGUGUCAGUGCCAAAGAUAGAAGGAGAUAUUAAAGCUCCCAAAGUGGACAUCGAAGGGCCUGAUGUUGACAUUGAGGGACCUGAAGGUGGAUUCAAAAUGCCAAAAAUCAAAAUGCCAUCCUUUGGCAUCAAAAGUCCUAAAUUGGAGGGUCCAGAUGUGGAUGUCAACCUACCAAAACCUGACAUUAAUAUCAAAGCACCUGAAGUUGACAUCAAAGGACCUGAGGUUGACCUUGAGGGCCCUGAAGGGAAAAUCAAAGGGCCAAAAUUCAAGAUGCCAUCCAUAUCAGGGCCAAAAAUAUCAAUGCCUGAUGUGGAUUUCAACCUUAAAGGACCUAAACUCAAGGGAGAUGUGGAUGUGUCAGUGCCAAAGAUAGAAGGAGAUAUUAAAGCUCCGAAAGUGGACAUUGAAGGGCCGGAUCUUGACAUUGAGGGACCUGAAGGUGGAUUCAAAAUGCCAAAAAUCAAAAUACCAUCCUUUGGCAUCAAAGGUCCUAAAUUGGAGGGUCCAGAUGUGGAUGUCAACCUACCGAAAGCUGACAUUAAUAUCAAAGCACCUGAUGUUGACAUCAAAGGACCAGAGGUUGACCUUGAGGGCCCUGAAGGGAAAAUCAAAGGUCCAAAAUUCAAGAUGCCAUCCAUAUCAGGACCAAAAAUAUCAAUGCCCAAUGUGGAUUUCAACCUUAAAGGACCUAAAGUCAAGGGAGAUGUGGAUGUGUCAGUGCCAAAGAUAGAAGGAGAUAUUAAAGCUCCCAAAGUGGACAUUGAAGGGCCUGAUGUUGACAUUGAGGGACCUGAAGGUGGAUUCAAAAUGCCAAAAAUCAAAAUGCCAUCCUUUGGCAUCAGAAGGCCAAAAAUAUCAAUGCCUGAUGUGGAUUUCAACCUUAAAGGACCUAAAGUCAAGGGAGAUGUGGAUGUGUCAGUGCCAAAGAUAGAAGGAGAUAUUAAAGCUCCCAAAGUGGACAUUGAAGGGCCUGAUGUUGACAUUGAGGGACCUGAAGGUGGAUUCAAAAUGCCAAAAAUCAAAAUACCAUCCUUUGGCAUCAAAGGUCCUAAAUUGGAGGGUCCAGAUGUGGAUGUCAACCUACCGAAAGCUGACAUUAAUAUCAAAGCACCUGACGUGGACAUCAGAGGACCAGAGGUUGACCUUGAGGGCCCUGAAGGGAAAAUCAAAGGUCCAAAAUUCAAGAUGCCAUCAAUAUCAGGGCCAAAAAUAUCAAUGCCUGAUGUGGAUUUCAACCUUAAAGGACCUAAAGUCAAGGGAGAUGUGGAUGUGUCAGUGCCAAAGAUAGAAGGAGAUAUUAAAGCUCCCAAAGUGGACAUUGAAGGGCCUGAUGUUGACAUUGAGGGACCAGAAGGUGGAUUCAAAAUGCCAAAAUUCAAAAUGCCAUCCUUUGGCAUCAAAGGUCCUAAAUUGGAGGGUCCAGAUGUGGAUGUCAACCUACCGAAAGCUGACAUUAAUAUUAAAGCACCUGAAGUUGACAUCAAAGUACCUGAGUUUGACCUUGAGGGCCCUGAAGGGAAAAUCAAAGGUCCAAAAUUCAAGAUGCCAUCCAUAUCAGGGCCAAAAAUUUCAAUGCCCGAUGUUGAUUUCAACCUUAAAGGACCUAAAGUCAAGGGAGAUGUGGAUGUGUCAGUGCCAAAGAUAGAAGGAGACAUUAAAGCUCCCAAAGUGGACAUUGAAGGGCCCGAUGUUGACAUUGAGGGACCUGAAGGCGGAUUCAAAAUGCCAAAAAUCAAAAUACCAUCCUUCGGCAUCAAAGGUCCUAAAGUGGAGGGUCCAGAUGUGGAUGUCAACCUACCGAAAGCUGACAUUAAUAUUAAAGCACCUGAAGUUGACAUCAAAGGACCUGAGGUUGACCUUGAGGGCCCUGAAGGGAAAAUCAAAGGUCCAAAAUUCAAGAUGCCAUCCAUAUCAGGGCCAAAAAUAUCAAUGCCUGAUGUGGAUUUCAACCUUAAAGGACCUAAAGUCAAGGGAGAUAUGGAUGUGUCAGUGCCAAAGAUAGAAGGAGAUAUUAAAGCUCCCAAAGUGGAUAUUGAAGGACCUGAUGUUGACAUCGAGGGACCUGAAGGUGGAAUCAAAAUGCCCAAAAUCAAAAUGCCAUCUUUGUCAGGACCCAAGGUCAGCAUGCCAGAUUUGGAUUUGAAUCUAAAAGGGUCAAAACUCAAGGGAGAUGUGGAUGUGUCAGCUCCAAAGGUAGAGGGAAAAAUAAAAGCACCAGAGGCUACCAUCAAAUGUCCUGAUAUUGAUAUUGAAGGGCCAAAUGCUGGUUUUGAUUCUCCAGAAGCACAUGUGAAAGGUACAAAGUUCAAGUUGCCAACAAUAUCUGGACCAAAAAUAACAUUACCCGAUGUUGACUUCAAUCUUAAAGGGCCAAAAUUGAAGAGCGACAUAGAGGGUGAUAUUAAUUUGCCAAAAACUGAAAUUCAAGGACCUGAUGUCACUAUUGAUAGUCCUGAACUUGGAUCAAAGAAAACAAAAUUCAAAAUGCCUAAAUUUGGAUUUAAGGGUCCAAAGGUCAAGGCUCCUGAAGUUGAUGUUAAACUAGCUCAAGGGGAUUUCAACAUCAAAGGUCCCAAAAGUACGGUUGAAGGUCCUGAACUUGAAGUGGCAGGACCUAAAAUUAAAGGAUCAAAAUUCAAGAUGCCAAAAUUUGGGUUGAGAACCCCAAAGUUUGAGAAGCCAGACGUUAAUGUUGAUCUUCCUAAAGCUGACUUUGACAUCAAGGUUCCAGAGGUUGAUAUGAAAGGCCCAAAGCUUGAAACUGGGGGGCUUGAUGGAAAACUCAAAGGCCCAAAAGUCUCAGUGCCAGAUGUUGACUUCAGUGUCAAGGAACCAGCAUUGGAAGGAAAUAUAGAUGUAUCUGUGCCAAAAAUAAAAGGGGAUAUAAAAAUGCCUAAAGUGGACAUUGAAGGACCAGAUGUUGACAUUGAGGGCCCUGAUGGUGGAUUCAAAAUGCCCAAAAUCAAAAUGCCAUCAUUUGGAUUUAAAGGACCUAAACUGGAGGGUCCAGAUUUAGAUGUUAACCUUCCCAAAGCUGACAUUGAUAUCAAAGCACCUAAAGUUGACAUUCAGGGACCAGAACUUGACAUUGAAAGUCCAAGUGGUAAGAUCAAAGGGCCAAAAUUCAAGAUGCCAUCUAUCUCAGGACCCAAGAUUUCCAUGCCUGAUGUGGACUUCAACCUGAAAGGUCCAAAAGUCAGUGGAGAUGUGGAUGUGUCAGUGCCAAAGAUUGAGGGAGACAUUAAAGCACCAAAAGUGGAUAUUGAGGGGCCUGAUGUUGACAUUGAGGGCCCAGAAGGUGGAUUUAAAAUGCCAAAAAUCAAACUGCCAUCUAUCUCAGGACCUAAAAUUUCCAUGCCAGAUCUGGAUAUAAACCUAAAAGGGUCAAAACUCAAGGGAGAUGUGGAUGUGUCAGUGCCAAAGAUAGAAGGAGAUAUCAAAGGUCCUAAAGUUGAUAUAGAAGGACCAGAUGUUGACAUUGAGGGCCCUGAAGGAGGAUUCAAAAUGCCUAAAAUCAAAAUGCCAUCUUUUGGAUUUAAAGGUCCUAAAGUAGAGUGUCCAGAUGUAGAUGUAAACCUUCCCAAAGCAGACAUUGAUAUCAAAGCACCUAAAGUUGACAUCCAGGGACCAGAACUUGACAUUGAAAGUCCAAGUGGCAAGAUCAAAGGGCCAAAAUUCAAGAUGCCAACCAUCUCAGGACCCAAGAUUUCCAUGCCUGAUGUGGACUUCAACCUUAAAGGUCCAAAAGUCAGUGGGGAUUUGGAUGUGUCAGUGCCAAACAUUGAAGGAAACAUUAAAGCACCUAAAGUGGAUAUUGAAGGGCCUGAUGUUGAGAUUGAGGGACCAGAGGGUGGAUUCAAAAUGCCAAAAAUCAAAAUACCAUCCUUUGGCCUCAAAGGUCCAAAAGUGGAUGUGCCCGAUAUGGAUUUCAACCUUAAGGGACCUAAAGUCAAGGGAGACAUGGAUGUGACAGUGCCAAAGAUAGAGGGCGAUAUCAAAGGUCCUAAAGUGGAUAUUGAAGGACCAGAUGUUGACAUCGAAGGUCCUGAGGGCAGAUUCAAAAUGCCAAAAAUCAAAAUGCCAUCGUUUGGAGUUAAAGGUCCUAAGGUGGAGGGUCCAGAUGUAGAUAUAAACCUUCCCAAAACAGACAUUGAUCUCAAAGCACCUGAAAUUGACAUUAAGGGACCACAACUUGACAUUGAAAGUCCAAGUGGUAAAAUCAAAGGGCCAAAAUUCAAGAUGCCAUCCAUCUCAGGACCCAAGAUUUCCAUGCCUGAUGUGGACUUCAACCUGAAAGGUCCAAAAGUCAGUGGAGAAAUGGAUGUGUCAGUGCCAAAGAUUGAGGGAGACAUUAAGUCACCAAAAUUGGAUGUUGAAGGGCCUGAUGUUGACAUUGAAGGCCCAGAAGGCGGAUUCAAAAUGCCCAAAAUAAAAAUGCCAUCCUUUGGGUUCAAAGGUCCUAAAGUUGAGGGUCCAGAUGUGGAUUUAACCCUUCCAAAGGGUGACAUUGAUAUGAAAGCACCUGACGUUAACAUCAGAGGACCAGAGGUCGACAUUGAGGGCCCUGAUGGUGGAUUCAAAAUGCCAAAAAUCAAAAUGCCAUCAUUUGGCUUCAAAGGUCCUAAAGUGGAGGGUCCAGAUGUAGAUGUCAACCUUCCCAAAGCAGACAUUGAUAUCAAAGCACCUGAUAUUGACAUCAAAGGACCUGAGGUUGACUUUGAGGGCCCUGAAGGGAAAAUAAAAGGUCCAAAAUUCAAGAUGCCAUCAAUAUCUGGACCAAAACUUUCAAUGCCCGAUAUGGAUUUCAACCUUAAAGGACCUAAAGUCAAGGGAGACGUGGAUGUGACAGUGCCAAAGAUAGAGGGAGAUAUAAAAAAGCCUAAAGUGGAUAUUGAAGGACCAGAUGUUGACAUCGAAGGUCCUGAGGGCAGAUUCAAAAUGCCAAAAAUCAAAAUGCCAUCAUUUGGAGUUAAAGGUCCUAAGGUGGAGGGUCCAGAUGUAGAUGUAAACCUUCCCAAAGCAGACAUUGAUAUCAAAGCACCUGAAGUUGACAUUCAGGGACCAGAACUUGACAUUGAAGGUCCAAGUGGUAAGAUCAAAGGGCCAAAAUUCAAGAUGCCAUCCAUCUCAGGACCCAAGAUUUCCAUGCCUGAUGUGGACUUCAACCUGAAAGGUCCAAAAGUCAGUGGAGAUGUGGAUGUGUCAGUGCCAAAGAUUGAGGGAGACAUUAAAGCACCAAAAGUGGAUAUUGAGGGGCCUGAUGUUGACAUUGAGGGCCCAGAAGGCGGAUUUAAAAUGCCAAAAAUCAAAUUGCCAUCUAUCUCAGGGCCCAAGAUUUCCAUGCCUGAUGUGGAUUUCAACCUAAAAGGUCCAAAAGUCAGUGGAGAUGUGGAUGUGUCAGUGCCAAAGAUUGGGGGUGACAUCAAAGGUCCUAAAGUGGAUAUUGAGGGGCCUGAUGUUGAUAUCAAGGGCCCAGAAGGAGGAUUCAAAAUGCCCAAAAUCAAAAUGCCAUCUAUCUCAGGACCUAAAAUUUCCAUGCCAGAUCUGGAUAUGAACCUAAAAGGGCCAAAACUCAAGGGAGAUGUGGAUGUGUCAGUGCCAAAGAUAGAAGGCGAUAUCAAAGGUCCUAAAGUGGAUAUAGAAGGACCUGGUGUUGACAUCGAGAGACCUGAAGGCGGAUUCAAAAUGCCCAAAAUCAAAAUGCCAUCCUUUGGCCUCAAAGGUCCUAAAGUUGAGGGUCCAGAUGUGGAUGUCAAUUUUCCCAGAGCUGACAUUGAUAUCAAAGCACCUGACGUUGACAUCAAAGGACCAGAUGUUGACAUUGAGGGCCCUGAAGGAGGAUUCAAAAUGCCUAAAAUCAAAAUGCCAUCUUUUGGAUUUAAAGGUCCUAAAGUAGAGUGUCCAGAUGUAGAUGUAAACCUUCCCAAAGCAGACAUUGAUAUCAAAGCACCUAAAGUUGACAUUCAGGGACCAGAACUUGACAUUGAGAGUCCAAGUGGUAAGAUCAAAGGGCCAAAAUUCAAGAUGCCAUCCAUCUCAGGACCCAAGAUUUCCAUGCCUGAUGUGGACUUCAACCUGAAAGGUCCAAAAGUCAGUGGAGAUGUGGAUGUUUCAAUCCCAAAGAUUGAGGGAGAUAUUAAAGCACCAAAAGUGGAUAUUGAGGGGCCUGAUGUUGACAUUGAAGGCCCAGAAGGAGGAUUCAAAAUGCCCAAAAUCAAAAUGCCAUCUAUCUCAGGACCUAAAAUUUCCAUGCCAGAUCUGGAUAUAAACCUAAAAGGGCCAAAACUCAAAGGAGAUGUGGAUGUGUCGGUGCCAAAGAUAGAAGGCGAUAUCAAAGGUCCUAAAGUGGAUAUAGAAGGACCUGGUGUUGACAUCGAGGGACCUGAAGGCGGAUUCAAAAUGCCCAAAAUCAAAAUGCCAUCCUUUGGCCUCAAAGGUCCUAAAGUUGAGGGUCCAGAUGUGGAUGUCAAUCUUCCCAGAGCUGACAUUGAUAUCAAAGCACCUGACGUUGACAUCAAAGGACCAGAUGUUGACAUUGAGGGCCCUGAAGGAGGAUUCAAAAUGCCUAAAAUCAAAAUGCCAUCUUUUGGAUUUAAAGGACCUAAAGUGGAGGGUCCAGAUGUAGAUAUAAACCUUCCCAAAGCAAACAUUGAUAUCAAAGCACCUGAAGUUGAUAUUAAGGGACCAGAACUUGACAUUGAAAGUCCAAGUGGUAAGAUCAAAGGGCCAAAAUUCAAGAUGCCAUCCAUCUCAGGACCCAAGAUUUCCAUGCCUGAUGUGGACUUCAACCUGAAAGGUCCAAAAGUCAGUGGAGAUGUGGAUGUGUCAGUGCCAAAGAUUGGGGGUGACAUCAAAGGUCCCAAACUGGAUAUUGAAGGGCCUGAUGUUGAUAUCAAGGGACCUGAAGGUGGAUUCAAAAUGCCCACAAUCAAAAUGCCAUCCUUUGGCCUCAAAGGUCCAAAAGUAGAGGGUCCAGAUGUGGAUGUCAAUCUUCCCAGAGCUGACAUUGAUAUCAAAGCACCUGACGUUGACAUCAAAGGACCAGAUGUUGACAUCGAGGGACCUGAAGGAGGAUUCAAAAUGCCUAAAAUCAAAAUGCCAUCUUUUGGAUUUAAAGGUCCUAAAGUAGAGUGUCCAGAUGUAGAUGUAAACCUUCCCAAAGCAGACAUUGAUAUCAAAGCACCUAAAGUUGACAUCCAGGGACCAGAACUUGACAUUGAAAGUCCAAGUGGUAAGAUCAAAGGGCCAAAAUUCAAGAUGCCAUCCAUCUCAGGACCCAAAAUUUCCAUGCCUGAUGUGGACUUCAACCUGAAAGGUCCAAAAGUCAGUGGAGAUGUGGAUGUGUCAGUGCCAAAGAUUGGGGGUGACAUCAAAGGUCCUAAAGUGGAUAUUGAAGGGCCUGAUGUUGAUAUCAAGGGACCUGAAGGUGGAUUCAAAAUGCCCACAAUCAAAAUGCCAUCCUUUGGCCUCAAAGGUCCAAAAGUAGAGGGUCCAGAUGUGGAUGUCAAUCUUCCCAGAGCUGACAUUGAUAUCAAAGCACCUGACGUUGACAUCAAAGGACCAGAUGUUGACAUUGAGGGCCCUGAAGGAGGAUUCAAAAUGCCUAAAAUCAAAAUGCCAUCUUUUGGAUAAGGUCCUAAAGUAGAGUGUCCAGAUGUAGAUGUAAACCUUCCCAAAGCAGACAUUGAUAUCAAAGCACCUAAAGUUGACAUUCAGGGACCAGAACUUGACAUUGAAAGUCCAAGUGGUAAGAUCAAAGGGCCAAAAUUCAAGAUGCCAUCCAUCUCAGGACCCAAGAUUUCCAUGCCUGAUGUGGACUUCAACCUGAAAGGUCCAAAAGUCAGUGGAGAUGUGGAUGUGUCAGUGCCAAAGAUUGGGGGUGACAUCAAAGGUCCUAAAGUGGAUAUUGAAGGGCCUGAUGUUGAUAUCAAGGGACCUGAAGGUGGAUUCAAAAUGCCCACAAUCAAAAUGCCAUCCUUUGGCCUCAAAGGUCCAAAAGUAGAGGGUCCAGAUGUGGAUGUCAAUCUUCCCAGAGCUGACGUUGAUAUCAAAGCACCUGACGUUGACAUCAAAGGACCAGAUGUUGACAUUGAGGGCCCUGAAGGAGGAUUCAAAAUGCCUAAAAUCAAAAUGCCAUCUUUUGGAUUCAAAGGUCCUAAAGUAGAGUGUCCAGAUGUAGAUGUAAACCUUCCCAAAGCAGACAUUGAUAUCAAAGCACCUAAAGUUGACAUUCAGGGACCAGAACUUGACAUUGAAAGUCCAAGUGGUAAGAUCAAAGGGCCAAAAUUCAAGAUGCCAUCCAUCUCAGGACCCAAGAUUUCCAUGCCUGAUGUGGACUUCAACCUGAAAGGUCCAAAAGUCAGUGGAGAUGUGGAUGUGUCAGUGCCAAAGACUGGGGGUGACAUCAAAGGUCCUAAAGUGGAUAUUGAAGGACCUGAUGUUGAUAUCAAGGGACCUGAAGGUGGAUUCAAAAUGCCCACAAUCAAAAUGCCAUCCUUUAGCCUCAAAGGUCCAAAAGUAGAGGGUCCAGAUGUGGAUGUCAAUCUUCCCAGAGCUGACGUUGAUAUCAAAGCACCUGACGUUGACAUCAAAGGACCAGAUGUUGACAUUGAGGGCCCUGAAGGAGGAUUCAAAAUGCCUAAAAUCAAAAUGCCAUCUUUUGGAUUUAAAGGUCCUAAAGUAGAGUGUCCAGAUGUAGAUGUAAACCUUCCCAAAGCAGACAUUGAUAUCAAAGCACCUGAAGUUGACAUUCAGGGACCAGAACUUGACAUUGAGAGUCCAAGUGGUAAGAUCAAAGGGCCAAAAUUCAAGAUGCCAUCCAUCUCAGGACCCAAGAUUUCCAUGCCUGAUGUGGACUUCAACCUGAAAGGUCCAAAAGUCAGUGGAGAAAUGGAUGUUUCAGUGCCAAAGAUUGGGGGAGACAUCAAAGCACCAAAAGUGGAUAUUGAAGGGCCUGAUGUUGACAUUGAGGGCCCAGAAGGCGGAUUCAAAAUGCCCAAAAUCAAAAUGCCAUCUAUCUCAGGACCCAAGAUUUCCAUGCCAGAUGUUGAUGUUGAGGGCCCUGAAGCUGGAUUCAAAAUGCCCAAAAUCAAGAUGCCAUCAUUUGACCUCAAAGGUCCAAAAGUUGAGGGUCCAGAUGUGGCUGUAAAUCUUCCCAAAGCUGACAUUGAUGUUAAUGUGCCUACAGCUGAUUUGAAAGGACCAGAACUUGACAUUGAAGGUCCAAGUGGUAAAAUCAAAGGACCAAAAUUUAAGAUGCCAUCCAUCUCAGGACCCAAUAUUUCCAUGCCUGAUGUGGACUUCAACCUGAAAGGUCCAAAAGUCAGUGGGGAUGUGGAUGUGUCAGUGCCAAAGAUUGAGGGAGACAUUAAAGCACCAAAAGUGGAUAUUGAGGGGCCUGAUUUUGAUAUUGAGGGCCCAGAAGGCGGAUUAAAAAUGCCAAAAAUCAAACUGCCAUCUAUCUCAGGACCUAAAAUUUCCAUGCCAGAUGUAGAUUUUAACCUUAAAGGACCAAAACUCAAGGGAGAUGUGGAUGUGUCAGUGCCAAAAAUAGAAGGAGACAUCAAAGCUCCUGAAGUGGAUAUUGAAGGGCCUGAUGUUGAUAUUGGAAGCCCUGAAGGUGGAAUCAAAAUGCCAAAAAUCAAAAUACCAUCAUUUGGUUUCAAAGGUCCUAAAGUUGAGGGUCCAGAUGUCAAUGUCAAACUUCCAAAGGCUGGCAUUGAUGUCAAGGCACCUGAAAUUAAAGGACAAGAUGUCGAUGUAUCGCUGCCAAAACUUGAGGGAAACAUCCAAGGUUCAAAUGUUGGAGUUACAUUUCCCAAGUUUAAAGGUCCUAAGUUUGGAAUUAAGUCUCCAGAAGUAGAGGGGCCUGAUGUUUAUGUUAAGACACCCAAAGCUGAAGUUACUCUCCCUGAUGUUGAAGGAAGUCUUGAUGCACCUGAUAUUGACCACAAUAUCAAGGGAAAGAAAGGCAAAUUUAAACUUCCUAAAGUUAAAGGAAAGAUAAAGAAACCUGACCUUGACAUUGAAACACCUGAUGCAAAAGUGGAAGUUGACACACCAGAUAUUCAUGUAAAAGGAACAAAGGGAAAGAAGCCUCUUUUUGGUAAGCUUCAUUUUCCUGAUGUCGAAUUUGAUAUCAAGUCCCCAAAAGUAAAAGGGGAUGUCUCUUUAUCAGGGGAACUGAAAUCACCUCACAUAGAUAUGCCAUCUUCUAGCUUGAAUACAAGCAUAACAGGUCCAGGUGUUAGUCAUCAGGAGGGACUAGAUGUGAAACUAAAGACACCUACUGUCAAAAUGCCAAAUGUGAAUGUCACUGCUCCUGAUAUUGAUGUAAAUCUAAAUGGAGAAGGAAAGGCUGCCAUGUCUGCAGGUUUAAAAGGUCCAGAAAUAGGUGUUGCAGAGAUGGACACAACUGUUGGAGGCAACAGUACUGGUGGCCUUCAGUACCCAGAGGGCACAGUUACGUUUCCCAAAAUCAAGGUACCAAAGUUUGGUAUUGCUCUACCUCACAUGGAACGAGACGUUGCAGGAGAUGUUGAGUCAAGAGCAGCUGCUGGUGGAGACAUAAACAUACAGCCUCCAUCUGUUAGUGGCCAUAUCAGUUCACACAGUGUUGAAGUUCACAGUUCAGAAGUGAAGCAUAGUGAAGGAAAAGUAAAGGUUAAAAUGCCUAAAUUCUUUGGCAAGUCAAAAGGAAAGGGCAGCAGUGCAGUUGAUUUAAGCCUCCAGGGACCUGAGGUGGAACUUAGUGGCAGUGGAAAAGGCAAAAAGGUCUCUAAAGAUUUAAGUUUAAGUUCUGGAGAAUUGGUGAGUGGAAAGUUAGAAUUAGGGGGUGACUCUGGAUUGAGUGUGUCACCUAAAGGCAAAUCUGCCUCACUAGAUCUGUUUAAGAAAUCAAGGCAUCGGUCCACUUCUCUGAGUGAUGAGGGAGGGCUUGCUGUUAGUCCCCCAUCAGCUCAUUUAGGGGCGGAGGGUGGUGACGUCUCUAUAGAUCUAGGGGGAGGCAAGGUCAAAGGAAAGAAAGGCAAGUUGAAGUUUGGCACCUUUGGAGGUUUUGGUUCAAAGUCAAAAGGCUCUUAUGAAGUGACACUAGGUGAGGAUAGUGAAGCAAGAGCAGAGGGAAGUGCAGGUGUUUCUCUCCCAUCAAAAAAAUCUAGACUGUCUUCAUCCUCUAGCAGUGACAGUGGGUCCAGAGGAGGUUUCAGGUUCCCAAGAGUUGAACUAUCUGUGUCACCAAAAAAAUGAUGAAUUAUUAGGCAAAUUAAACUCUCUCAUGUACAUCCAAAUACCUUCUCCCAUACAUGAUAAAUAUCUGCUAAGAUAUUUAAAAAGUAGGGGGAUGUGCACACUCAUCUCAUAAUUAAAGUAAAUUUCCAAAAUUCAUUAAUCACAGAAGUACAUGAGAAUGUUUAAAAUCCUAACAAAAUGUAAAUAAGAUGAAUUUGUAUUGUAAUAUUAAAUAUUGCUUUUGUACAUAGUCAAAAUUUAUUGAACAUAUACAUCUCACCAAAUUCUCACCGUGUCACAGGGUUUGUCCAAUUGUGUUAUUGCAUUCUAUUAAAGGAAUGUUGUUAAGAGUAGGUGUGGUAUAUUUGUAUCCAGGGGUCUAUUGCACAAAAGAGAUAUAGUUACAAUAGUUAUUUCUAAGAAAAUGUUGUUUAUACACCCAAACACAAAGAGAAAACAUUUACUUUUUUGUGUAUGAAAUGAUUUCAUUUUAUUAUGAAGCUUUGACAUUAUGUAAUCAGUGCAGAAGCAUAUUUACGCAAAACAUAGAGAUGGCCCUUUAUAACAUAUUCUCAACAGUGACCAUGAUGUAAUCACCAUAAUUGCAAAGACAAUCAAUGUUUCUAGAAACUAUCAAAGCUAUUAACUGCUGUCAUUACUUUUCUGUUUAUUUUUAUGAACAACAAACCCAUCUAUUCUGUUCCAUUUGCAAACAAUAUAUAUAAUUUGCUUCCUUUGUUUUUAUUUAUUUUUAUUUUUAUUUUGUUGUGCUUCAUUUACAUUCUUACCUGUUUUAUGGUCCUCUUUUUCUUUCAAUCUCUUUCAAACGCAUAUCUCCUUGUGGUGUUUGGCUAGAUUAAAAAAAUGUCAUAAAUAUGUGUACAAACGUUUUGAAUGGACAGUCAUCAUGAUCUUAUGUCACUCGUUUGCUAACAAAAUCAGUGGUGAUACUAGAGGGAAAAAAGCUGCAUAGUUCUGAUCAGAUUUGAUUGAGAUGGAGAAUGAUUCUUUGGGUAUGUGUGCAUUCUGCAAAAUAAAUAAACAGUUGCGUUACA